AUGCUCCCCCCCACCACACACCCACCCACACACACACACACGCACCCCUGGAAGCCCCUAACACAGCAUGCACAUAAUAAUUUCUUAGGAGCAAGUGACCCUUCCCGUCCUUCCUCCAUUACCUAUAGUCAAACCACUUCAAAUAGUCCGUUUGGGUGUUCGAUUCCACAGGUCCUCUCCUCCCCUCUGCUCUCCCACACAGUCCCAAUACCUGUUUUUUCCUCUUAUAUGUCCCAGGGUCCUUUCCUCUCCUCUGCUCUCCCACACAGUCCCAAUACCUGUUUUUUCCUCUUAUAUGUCCACAGGUCCUCUCCUCCCCUCUGCUCUCCCACACAGUCCCAAUACCUGUGUUUUCCUCUUAUAUGUCCCAGGGUCCUUUCCUCUCCUCUGCUCUCUCACACAGUCCCAAUACCUGUGUUUUCCUCUUAUAUGUCCACAAGUCCUUUCCUCCCCUCUACUCUCCUACACAGUCCCAAUACCUGUUUUUUCCUCUUAUAUGUCCCAGGGUCCUUUCCUCCCCUCUGCUCUCCCACACAGUCCCAAUACCUGUUUUUUCCUCUUAUAUGUCCACAGGUUCUUUCCUCUCCUCUACUCUCCCAUACAGUCCCAAUACCUGUUUUUUCCUCUUAUAUGUCCCAGGGUCCUUUCCUCUCCUCUGCUCUCCCACACAGUCCCAAUACCUGUGUUUUCCUCUUAUAUGUCCCAGGGUCCUUUCCUCCCCUCUGCUCUCCCACACAGUCCCAAUACCUGUGUUUUCCUCUUAUAUGUCCACGGGUUCUUUCCUCUCCUCUGCUCUCCCACACAGUCCCAAUACCUGUGUUUUCCUCUUAUAUGUCCACAGGUUCUUUCCUCUCCUCUGCUCUCCUACACAGUCCCAAUACCUGUUUCUUCCUCUCACAUGUAACCUACAGCUAACAUAUUGUCACCUUCGUAAGCAGACUGCCUAAGUUAAUAUUUUCUACUUUACAGGAAAUCAGAAAAGAACCGUCAUCAUCUCAUUUGGCUUAAUAUUUAGGCAGAAAUGAAAAGGCCAAUUCUACAACACUUAAACCCUGAAUGACGGAGGCAACUCUACAAAUAUUUGAUGUAGACAAAAACCUGGAAAUCACUGAAAAAUGACUUAGGGGGUUAUUUUAAGAGGGUGACGAUAUGAGAGGAAGAGAUGGGUGUAAGGACGAUGGGGCAGAGCAGAGGGGAGGAAAGGACCCACAGAAUUGAACGCCCAAAUGGACUAUUUAAAGUGGUUUGACUAUAAUACCUUAACCGUGUAGCAGCGACGGGCCAAAUUUGUGGCUUUACCGUGUAGCAGCAACGGGCCAAAUUUGUGCCAUGAUAUGAACCUCCCAAAAUAGAUGAUACAUAAACUGAUCACAAAUGCUUUGAUAUAUAUUAUGAAAUGGUUUGUGUGAGGGGUGAUUUUUUUCUCAUUUUUCUCGCUUGGAGGGACCAUUAAGAAACAUGAUCCCCGCUGCUACCGGGUUAAUAUACACACAUGCACGCAUUGUGGUGUACACACGACUGUUGUCCUCGUACACACAACAUUCAUACACUCCUUAUCUUCCCUUCCUUGGCAAACAGUUCCGGUUUGGUACACGUUCCACAUCCACAUGUAAUACAGUACUGCGCAAAUGCAAGAGCGUACAAACAUACAUACACGCACACACACGCACACACACACACACUUCCAGACCCAAGCCACCAUGCUAACCUCACACUGCACACUUGGCCAAAAAAGUAUUAUCACUCCCAGGACUGUGUGGCAUGUUUCUUAGAAACAAUCAGUCACUGGUGAUGCUGCGUGUCCUUCCUCAUGAAGGAGACAGACCACAGGCAUGAAAACAAUACCAAAUGAAAGAAGCUGCCAACAUGCUGCUUCACUAAAGAAAAAAGAUGCUGAAAAGAGUGAUCAUUUGGUGUUGGCGGCCCCGGAGCCACACGGCCCAAGCACCAACACAGAAAGCAGUGAAGCGGGACAGGGCAGGCUCACGUCUCACCCGAAGGCCGAGAGUUGGGUCAACCGUGCUGGUGUCAAGCCGCUGCCUAAGGUGCUACUGACCACCACAGCCGGGGACCAACCAACACCAAGACUGACCAACGGAACACCGGACACACACACACACACACACACACAUACACACACUCUCCUGGGUUAGUGGCAGUGCUUGCUGGCUUGCUGCUAAGCUUAAAAUAAUUAAAAAAACUUAAUGGCUUAAUGGUGAGGUAAGCUGGCCCACCGGGUACUCUGUUCAUGCCUCUGUGUUGGGGCGGGAGGGGAGGCAGGGCAGGGGAGGUCUACAUUAGUCCUUGGACCGUCAUGCUUCAAGAUAUUGUUUGAAGAGUUAAAAAUCCUUGAUGCAAAUCCUGUGCUUCAGCCAACACUGUCCCUGCCUGAGUGGUGAGCCCAGCCACUGACUUCACUCCGGGGGCAAUGCUCUACUCAUAGUUUCCUCUCCUGGCUGGCCAUGUGGUGAUGAUGAUGCUUAUUGGGGCGUUCUGUUCUAGGCGCCACAUAUUCAUCAAUGGAUAUCACAAAUUGGCUAUAAGGAUAAUCAUAUGUGAGAGAUAUGCAUUCUGUAAAAACCUAAUUAUUUUGUGUUGUUGGCAAACAAACAAUUCUUCAAAACCUGCCUCAAAGUUCUCCUGUGAGGGCUUUCCCGGCAAGUUACUUCAGUUACUCAGAGCUGUCUUGUUGUGAGCCUUCCCACGCUGGUCCGUCCAUUAGGAUCAGCAGAACAUUUCCACCAAAAAUGUCUCAAUACAAGUUGGCCAAAAAUCCAUUGCUCUGUGCAAGUCUGCCUGCCUGGACAACACUGACGACCAAGUGACGGCCGUCAGCCGGCAGGGAAGAGCUACUGAGCCACCGCUCAUUCAUCUCAGAAAUACUGUCUUCCUAUAAUGCAUUAUAAUUUGGCACUUAGCUCAAAGCCUGUAUUUACAAGCCUGUAAUUUUCUUUUUACAUAUUUGUGCAUCCACUGAUGACCAGCGAACUCUCCCGUGACGACAGACACAAACACGGAGCCGCCACUCACGCAGGACGGUGAAAAGUUUUAGAAAACUUGCAAAACUGUAACUUUGGUUCAGUGGCUUAUUUGUGCUUCAUGAUGACUUGUCUUGGUAAUGGUAUGAAGCCAGGAUCAUUAUCACAGGAUGGAAUUAGCUGCAUGGAGAUGAGUAAACCUUCACAAGGGUGUUGAGGGCACCACUGCAUGAGGCACCAAGGAGGAAUGGAAACAGGCAAGGCUUGGUCUUGAUAAACACAGCUUGGAUACAAGACAAGUUAAUCCUCUGCAGGGAGAUGUUAGUUGUUAGUGGGCCAGCUUGGGGAGGUGACCACAGACUUCCCUCGUGUGUGUGUGUGUGUAUGUGUGUGUGUGUGUGUGUGUUGGAAGAGUGACAGUGACUGAUAACAGAUGAGGAGAGGAGGAAGAGGAAGAAAAUGAGGAGGAGGAGGAGGAGGAGGAGGAGAGCAGUGUAAUGGCAGACAGUCGGCAGUGACAGUACAAAAGAGUGGAGGUGACAGAGCAGCGUACAAGUGGUGGACAGGACAAAUGUGGGCGAGGGGAGUCUGUGGCGGUGGUGAUG